AACUCUACACGACAUAAACUAACGGUGAUAUUAAUAAUAAUUAACUGUACGAUAAUGAAUACGUUUUGUGGUCGCGCUAACCCCACCACAGGAGCGCUGGACUGGGUGGAGGAGGGAGAGGAGUAUGAUUAUCAUCAGGAGAUCGCCAGAUCUUGCUAUGCUGAUAUGCUGCACGACAGAGACAGGAAUGAGAAAUACUACCAGGGUAUUAAGGCAGCAGUUAGCAGGGUGAAGGCUCGGGGCGAGCGUGUGGUCGUUCUGGAUAUCGGCACAGGGACCGGACUUCUCUCUAUGAUGGCUGUUACUGCCGGAGCAGAUUUCUGCUAUGCUGUCGAGAUGUUUAAGCCGAUGGCCGAGGCGGCUGCUUGCAUCGUGAAGAAAAACAGCUUUGCAGACAAGAUCAAGAUCAUCAAUAAACACUCCACUGAGGUCACGGUUGGACCCGAUGGAGACAUGCAGGAGAAAGCAAACAUCUUAGUAACUGAACUGUUUGAUACUGAGCUGAUUGGAGAGGGAGCGCUACCCAGCUACGAACAUGCUCACUUACACCUGAUGCAGGUGGGCUGUGAGGCUGUGCCCCAUCGUGCCACUGUGUACGCCCAGUUGGUGGAGUCUGAGCAGCUGUGGAGCUGGGCACAGAUUCAGCCCAUCCAGGUCGAGGGUAACACACUGCUGCCUCCUGCUGCUGUAACACAGUGUGCAGGAGCACCAGCUGUCUGUGACAUCCAGCUCAGCCAAGUGUCACCUAAUGCCUUCACCAGCCUCGGACCCCUGUGUACCAUGUUCAGUGUUGACUUCAGCCAGCCGGUGAGCAGCGCAUCUCAGUCACAUUCAUGCACGUUUGUGGCUAAAGCCAGCGGUAAAGCACAAGUCGUUCUGUCCUGGUGGGAUCUGGACAUGGACCUGAGUGGCAGCAUCGUUUGCACCAUGGCUCCCAGCUGGACUUACCCCAACCCAAGAGAUUAUCCUUGGAGGGAUCACUGGAUGCAGAGUGUGUAUUUCCUUCCAUCUGAGAGGAGUGUGUGUGAGGGAGAGGAGCUCAGUUUAACCGUUACCCAUGAUGACUACAGUCUCUGGUACAGCCUCUCUAACCGCGAUCAGAUGGAUGUGGCCGCCCCCUGUUGUACCUGUCAGGCUCACCUGGUCUGGACGCGGCCACGAUUUGGAGAGCUGAAUGACCGUCGGAGGAGAGAGUUUUACCUCAGUGCUCUCCAAAGUAUUCUGACACCGGACAGUGUGUGUUUAUCAGUCAGUGAUGGAAGUCUUCUACCCAUAUUUGCACACAUGCUUGGAAGUAAAAAGGUGUUCAGUUUGGAAAACUCUGGCAUGUCGAGAAGGGUGAUCGAGCAGUUUUUGGAGGCAAACUCACUGAAAAACAGCGUCCGCAUGCUGGAGAUUCGACCAGAGCAGCUCACAUCGGCCGACCUGGAGGGGGAGCAGAUCUCUGUGCUGAUGGGUGAACCAUAUUUCAGUACCAGCCUGCUGCCAUGGCACUCUCUGUUAUUCUGGUAUUGCCGUACAGCACUGAAUCAGCUCCUUCGACCUGGUGCUGCCAUCCUGCCCUCCUCAGCUACGCUUUACUUCAUUGCCGUGGAGUUCAAGGACUUGUGGAGAAUCCGAGCCCCCUGCGGCACCUGUGAAGGAUUUGACGUGAGCCCGAUGGAUGAAAUGGUGCAACGCUCUCUGGAUUUCCGGGAGUCUCGCGAGGCAGAGCCUCACCCGCUCUGGGAGUAUCCAUGUCAUGCCCUGACCAAACCUGUUCCUGUUAUGACCUUUGACUUCCAGCAGUGUGUUCCCGACCAACCGAUCAGCAGUCAUGGAUCUGUGCCCCUCACUGGGAGAGGGCGCUGUCAUGGAGUCGCACUGUGGAUGGAGUACAACCUGACAGAUGACAUUACUGUCAGCAUGGGCCUGACAGAACCUGUCAGUGAGGAGGGUGAGUGUGUUUGGAGUAUGCACAGAAAACAGGGCGUGUAUUUCUUCCGGGAUCCAUGGGAAAGUUCGGGAGACGGACGGGCUGCCGUGUCCUACAGUUUAACCUUUCAACCCCACCUGGGUGACAUCAAAAUGGACUUUUCAGUCACCCAGCCUUGACCAACUGAAAUGUAGUCAGCAGGCGUUUUUAGAAAAAGCGGAGAUCCAAAGAGUGACGUGUUCAUCACAUGAUCCGUGUUUAAAUAACAUUAAUACACUAUAUGGCCAAAAGUAUUUGGACACCUAAACAUGAGCUUGUUGGACAAUUUAAUAACAAUGGUAUUAAAAUAAA